AGAUAAAUCGAUUAUUUUUCGGCUGUUUCAAACAAAAUGACAAUAAAAUUGCACCGUCAGCAGAUUGUACCACCACAACAACUUCAUCAGCAUAACGAACAGCGCCAUCAGCAUCAAAAACACCGCCGGAAUUAAAUCUGCAGCAGCAGCACCAACAAUUCAGCCACGCGUUUCAUCCACAGAUAUCGCGUCGACGUCACGCGAAAUAGUGCGCGAUAAAGAGUCACGCAACUCUCGCGCGGCCACAAUCGAACCGGAGAAAUCAAUUUCGAUUUCCAAUGAGAUCCCCCUUGGACUGCCGCCGAUGGUUGACCGAUCUCGUCUUCAGCAGCACGGCAAUCGUCAGUUAGUCUACGCCGGGCGGAGGUCCGUUCUGCAGCAGAAAACCUUUUGAUUGGGUUUUUUGAAUUGUUUUCAUCUUUGGCGGCCAGCACCGACUUCCAACAGUGGGUGUGGCUUCGUUAAUUCGUUUGUAGGUUUGUUGUUUUUUCGUAGUUUUAUAUCAUUGGUUAACUAGUGUGUAAGGUCCACAUAAUGGAAAUGCUACGCAGUUUGAGCUUUCUGCUUGCGACGCUUUUGCUCGUCGACUUCAGCCUGGCCCAGUGCCCCUGGCAGCGGGAGGUUCCCGAUCUGCAAACUUCGUGUCUAUGUGCCUAUAAUCUCGGACAGGAGCUGUCCGUGCAAUGUGAUCAAGUUGAUUUUCCCAUAUUAGUCGAAGCCUUAGAUAAGUAUGCCCGAGCAACGCCGCUCGAUCUGCUCUACGUCAAUAACUCGACCAUCGAAAAGCUCGAAGCCAAUGUGUUCGAGAAUCUCAAGCUGUACAAUGUUCAGCUAAGCAGUUGCAAGAUCCGCCGGAUCGACGACUUCGCCUUCAAGGGCCAGGAAGAUAUUCUGAAGAAUCUGAACCUGCAGGAUAACCUCUUGGAAGAGGUUCCGAUCCGAUCUCUCAAAAUCCUGAAUAUUCUAAAUUUACUAGAUCUAUCGAAGAAUCGGAUACACACCAUUCCCAACGAUGCCUUCAACGGCUUAUCGAAGCUGUCUACGCUCAAGCUGAGCGAUAACAACGUAACCCUAGCCCCAUUCGCUUUCCGUGGGCUAGAGAACAGUUUGAAGAAUCUGAACCUGAAGGGUUCCAAACAAAAGCGAGUCCCAGAGGCAGUGCGAGGACUUAAGCUGCUUGCCUUCCUCGACCUAUCGCAGAACGGUAUCCGCGAGCUGCCGGGACCAGCUGGCAUGCGAACCUUCGAAGGUCUGGACGCAUUGACGGCGCUCAACCUGGAGCGUAACGUGAUCCAAAGUCUGGGCGAGACCGCCUUUUCCGGUAUCCGGAAGACACUGAGCUCGUUGAGUUUGCUGAACAAUCUGCUCGCGGAGUUCCCCGUCGGUGCUAUCCACUCGUUGCGCGAGCUGCGGGUGCUCGACAUCGGUUUCAAUUUGCUAACUGCCUUGCCGGAGACGGCAUUCCGCGGCAAUCCGGCCGUCACACUGCUAGCCCUCGAUGGCAACCCGCUUCCGACUGUGCCUGAAAAAGCUCUGCUACACCUGAAUCGAACCCUGCGAGGCCUAUCGCUGGGAGGUCGAUUUCUACACUGCGACUGUAAGCUCCGGUGGGUCGCCGAAUGGAUCCGGAAUGGUGAUCUGCAGGUCACCUCUCGCGAACGUAAUCCACAGUUCUGCGGGUCUCCGAACCGUUUCCGUGAUCGCGGCUUCUACUCGAUCCAACCGGAGGAACUAACCUGUCCGGAUGCUGAGGUCAGCAUCGAAGGCCCGGUAGGUGUCGUUGACUCACUGCUUCCAAAGACCACCUCCACCAGCCCUCGACCAACUACGGUCCUUACCACUCUGCCACCGACGGCACUUGCAACGAACACCACCCUUAGCAGCACCACUAUUCUAUCGACGACUGCACCGACGACCACUCCUCUGUCUUCGUCGUCUUCCCAAGAAACACAACCACCGACCACGACCACCGAGAGUACCACACUAACUACUACAACACAGUCUACGACCAAACAGAGUACGACGGCAGCGGCAACAACGACGACCACCACCACCAAAGCCAGCGUCAAGAACAACAACUGGCGCAGCAACAACAACUCUCCUCCGCACAAGCAAAGACCGCCGCUGGUCUUGGGAUUCCCACCACAACGAGGCACUCAGAUCGAUGACUCCAAGGAAGUUCAAGUUAAAAACGCUUUCAGUUCCCGCCAGGACAGCUCGGUUAUCAUCCAGUGGGACUCGGACACCGCCAACAUUCUAGGCUUCCGUGUUGUUUAUCGCCUGUUCGGCGAUAAGAACUUCAAACAGGGACCGCCACUAGAGGCCAGCGAGCGGGAGUUCAAGAUCAAGAACGUCCCCACGGCUGAGUGCAUCAUUGUGUGUGUCGUGUCACUGGAGGAGAUCAACGUGACGCCGGACUCCGUGCCUUACAGUCAGUGUCGCGAGGUGCGAACCGUCGCAUCGCCCGCCUCCAACAUGGACAAGAUCACGAUCGCGGCCAGUGCUGCCAUCUGCGGAACGAUCUUCGUUGCCGUUAUUGUCUUCAUCGCUGCCAGCAGACGACGCUCCAAGCAGCUGCAGUCGCUGUCCCAGCAGAAGAGUGCCCUGCCGAUCGCAGGCCUUCCGGUCAAUUGCUGCGGCCCUACGCCGAGCCCGAAUGGGCCGCUCGGCUCGCUGGCAACCCUGUCCGCGUUCAACUCCCACAAGGACUGGGAUCAAGUUUCGGCCUAUAGUGGCCGUUCGAUUCCCCGGCCCCGUAUCUACCCGAUGGAGAACCAAGCCAUUCCAGACGAUCUGCGUAGUCACGUGUCGCACUUCUCCGCAGUCGGUGGCAAGGUCGGCAAGGCUCGGUCCAUUGCCGACGGCCAAUCCCAUCACAGCUACUCGAACCACUCGCAGCGGGGCUACCUUGGAUCGGCCUUCCCCAGCAACCUUGUGAACUCUCGACCAGAUCUUGCAUCCGCAGAACUCAGACAAUCGCGCCAAUCGUUGGCGGCCGCCUCGGAACGAAUGUCCAGGGCUUCCUACGCCGGAUCGAUAGUUCAUGGCGGCCCGGCCCACAGUAUAGCGUCCAGCACCCGGCGAACCCGGCCGAGAUCCCGCUCUCGUGAACAGUUGAAUGGAACGCACGUCCACACCCAUCAGCAUCGUCCCGGCAGUCGCUACUCAACGGCCGGCUCGACGCACACCCUCAACAACUACUGCGACACGUCCGACAACUGGACCGACCACGAUAUGGACAUCUACAUGGCGCGCAAUCCGACGACCCGGAACGGCGGCGGUAUGGUGCCAUUAUGAGAAUCGCUUCUCGCUUCGCCCUACUCCUGAUGCUACGACGACGUGAUGUUUGACCACCAACCGGCACGACCCCACCCCCCUCUUCAACUCCUGACGACCUGACAGCGACUGCCCGCGGCGGCCACUCAGCCGCCGUCGGGCCACAAUCCGGAACUGCUUCUAGAUCCUGGCCGGUGGUGGUGCCGCUGUGACCAACCUCCACCGGAAACUGUUUGCGAUGACGACGAGGAAGAUGAAGGAUAUUACCACCAUCAACUGCACCGGGAGCAACUGUAUCGACCAGAACUGGAUGAGCUGCUGGUUGUGGAGAUGGAAGAGGACGAACCACCGCCAGACUACGAAUCCGACGAUCCGGGCGGGACGGCCACCGUUGCUGCUGUCCUCCCGUCGCUGAUUGUGGAAUUGAGCAACACGUCGUCGUCAUCGUCCCACGUACGCAACAAUGCCAAUCAAGUGAGUUCUACGGGGGUCGGUUUGGGGUCCGAGGCGACUCCGGGUCAGGAGACCAGCUUCGUCGAGUGGGAAAACUAUCGUAAUCGAAUGAGAGAAAACCUACGGUGCUGAAAUGGGGUCGAUGAUGGCGGGGGGGUUAUAAGAAUUUAGUGUGAAUAUUUUUCGCUUUUCGAUGGCGAUGUGUGAUCACGGUGUGUCUGAAACAGGUAGUGACGAAAACAAAUCAUCGAUUUUGCAACCACCCCCUCAAAAGAUGGGGUAUCCCAUAGGAUCCUCUCCGUGAAUUUGAAAAUAUUUCAUUGAAAACGAUGUUAAUAUCUGUUUUAGUUGAUACAUUGUUGGUAUCGAUUUGAAUUCAAUAGGUUUUAAUGUUCUUCUGAAAAAAUGUGCUGUUUUUUGCAUCUCUCACAAAAUGAGAUUUCUGAAAGGAAUCUCUUCAGAUUCCUAAGAGGAAUCUUUUCAGAUUCAUGAGAGGAAUUUCUUCAGAUUCCAGAGAGGAAUA